CGACAGCCCUAGUAAACUUUUAAGAAGCGACUAGAUCUGGCACAAAUAUAACAGUGUUGUGCCUAUUUCGCUGUUGAAGUUUGUAGGAAGCUAUAGGUUGAUGUAAACAAGUUCUACUUCUUCGACGAGGAGCCAUGGUGAGGUUGUGAAGUUUGACGGUGUUCGCUUGUUUGCAUCGCAGACAGUGUUGUUCGAAUAUUUUGGAACGGGAAAAAGGCGCCGCUUCGAAACUUUUAAGAAAACGAAUUGUGACUUCAAGCUGACAGAAACAAUACGUUAUAUCAACUAGUGCUCGCUAGCCAGAAAAAUUGGUCGCCUUUUAAAUCCAAAAUGAACGGGUUAAAGAAUUACGACGAUUUCAAUCAUAUCGGGACCGGCGCUUUUGGCACAGUCUUCAAAGCGCGGGACAAGAAAAAUGAAGGAAGAUUCGUUGCUCUUAAGAAGGUGCGGAUGGCGAUAACUGAUGAUGGAGUUCCUCUGUCAGUAUUGCGUGAAAUCGCACUUUUGAAGCAGCUUGAGGCAUUCAGUCACAAGAACAUCGUACAACUCUACGACAUCUGUCACGGAAGGCGUGGAAACAAUGACCUCGUAAUCUUUCUCGUACUGGAGCAUGUUGAUCAAGACUUAGCCACUUUCCUUGAGAAGUGUCCCCCGCCCGGACUUGAAUCCAGUUUGAUAAAAUCACUUUCGCACCAAAUGCUGACCGGUAUCGAGUUUCUGCAUGCAAACAGAAUCGUACAUCGUGACCUUAAACCACAAAACAUACUUGUUACCGAUCGGUACGUCGUCAAAUUGGCCGACUUUGGCCUGGCUCGCAUCUACGAAUAUCAGAUGGCUCUCACACCUGUCGUUGUCACCCUUUGGUACCGACCUCCUGAGGUACUUCUGCAAUCAGUUUACGCCAGUCCAGUGGAUUUGUGGUCUUGUGGAUGCAUUAUUGCAGAGCUAUUCACACGCAAACCGCUCUUCCCAGGAAGUUCAGAGGGCAGUCAACUGGGCAAAAUUCUUGAGAUUAUCGGAACGCCAUCUAGAGAAAGCUGGCCACAAGACGUUUGCAUGGCCUGGGAGCAUUUCAGUAACUUUGGAAAAGGGGAGGAUCUCGCAAAUCUGAUUCCUGAGGCGGAACCAGCUGCAAUUAAUCUCAUCCGUGCGCUCGUAGAAUUCGAUUAUAGAAAGCGACUUACCGCGGAGGCGGCCCUCAGACAUCCCUUUUUUGAUGGGUUCGAGCCGGAGAAAGAUUAAUUAAAUAAGCGCAUAGACAGAGCAUCGCCGAAUUAAGAAAUGCAUUAUAAUCAUUAUUUUAGGUGAAAAAUGUACUGCCGAAAUCGAGUCAAUGAAAAAUAGUUUUAACCUAGUAAGCCGAUCUCGUGGCUACGCGUGGCUUGUUUAAUAAGUGGCACACGGCAACGCAUCUCCAAGCGAAAUCAACGGGCCGAUCUAAGCGCUUUGAGGUACUUCAGAAGAAUCAAAUUGAUAUUAGACAUUUAUUUAGUCCUUCUGAAGAAAAAAUAAGGGCAUUAUCAAACACAAAUGCUACGUAACAAGUCACAUUAAUUGCAGGGACAACAGAGUAAUCAAUGUUUGUAUGAAAUGAAUUCACAUUAUCAUAGUGACUACUUUUUACUAAGCUGGAUCGCAUAGGUGCGAGUGGCUCCAUCUGCUCUAUACAGCUUGCGAAGUUGGCAUGAAAUAUUUUCUACUUAGCAUUCGAAGGUAGACUAUAAGCUACAUUGUACUCCCUUGCUAUUCCUAUAAUAUUUUCUUCGAAAGAUCUUGCCGAAAAAUCCUUUUACGGGCAUUUCAACGGUUGCCAAUGGCUCGAACAUGUUCAUAGGUAAACGUAAAUUGUGGCUAUUUUAUGUUGGAAAAAAUAUGAUAUUACACAUUACAAAAACGCAUAUGUGUACACAACAUUUUCAUGUAAAUGAUAGCUGCUUUUUGGCUAUGUGCAUAACAACAAACACAGGCAUUAUGUUCUUAUAUUAUAUACAGCACGGAUGAGCACUACAGACCCCUAUAUACUGAGAAAGUACCUUCUGAGAGGGAUCAUAGGUCGAUUAGGCCGCCUUACGACACCAUCAACAGAUUUCUAAACUAGCAUUGCAUCGGCGAUUUACCAACAAAAUCAGAUUGUGUCAUUCAUAUACAGAGGUGGCAUAUAUUAUUUAAGUAAGAUUGAGAGUUGCCCUUAGAAAAUACUGCCAUGCACUAUUAGUAUGCUACCCAAUUAUCAUAUUUUGAAGUCAUUAUAGUUGAUGAAAAAAAUUAUUUAGAGAUUGCUAUAGAGUUCGUUCAUCUAAAGGAGAACAUUUUUGAUAAUAAAAAGACCAACAUCUGUUAUUCCGUAUUGUAAGGAUUUGUAUUUACUAGAUAAAACGCUUGUUGUAGGUAUCAUGACUGAUCGACGUGUUCGACCAUAUAAAGCAAACGUGAUGUGUACACAUUUUCACAUAUCACAGAGUAACCUAAAAAUAUAUACGUUAGUGCCAACUACCUGAAUUUACUGUAAGUAUAUUGCUUUAUGAUGCAUUCGUGAAGACGUUGGUGAAGAUGGCAAGUUCUAUGUCCAAUAGAACGGAGCAUCUGUGUUCUAUUAUCGUGAUAUAAAAACUUUUCUUGGUGAGAAUUUGUCAAACAGGUGGGUUGGACGAUGAGGCGCCAUAGAAUACACCGCGUGCUUCCUAGGCCUGAAGUAAAUGGAUUUAUUCUUGCGGAAUUAUUUUAAAAAUGAUGUCUAAGUCAGCAUACGAUAGAAGAUAAAAACCAUAAUUGAAUAAAAAUGUGAAUACCGAACAAAAAGUGUUGAAGUUUGUAAAUUAAUAGUCCACUAUUGUCAACAGUGUACCGACUAGAACGUUAAUCAUUUUUAAUAUCUGCGGCAGAAGGAGAGGGUAUACAUAUUAUGUAGAUUUUUUGC